CGUGGGUGUGUGAUAUGCUGCAUUAUAAUAGUUGCAAUCGUUGCAAUCAAAUAUAUCAGCUGUUGCUUGUUUACAUUCGUAGUUUCAUGUUGCCAUCGUAUGUAUAAUCAUUUUCCUUUAUUAUCGAUAUUAGGAAUUUAAUCAAUAACUUCGAGCCAUAAAAUGCUCCCGGAAACAUCAUUCCGUGAUCUGCCAGAUGAGAUGCUGGAGAAUAUCCUAUCAUACUUAAGCUUCGAGGACCGUAAAUCAGCUCUCCAAGUCUGCCAAAGGUUGUCCACAGUGAAGCCAUUUGACUUUGCAACGGUUCAACUGGUGGUCGACUUUGCACGAAACCCCGGCCAGGAAGCCACCUACUUCCGCAUACUGCUGGCCAGCAAUCGUCCGUACAAACAUUUGGUUCUCUACUUUGGUUACGACUCGGGAAAGUACGAUUUGCUGGUGGAAAUCUUUCAACAUUUUAGCGCAAAACUGGAAACCCUCAAGCUCAUCCCUCACAACUUCAUUCCGGUCAAGCUGAAACUGUUUGCCCAGGUGGCUGCGCUUGGUUCCAAUCUUCGGCACCUUCACAUCGAUGCAUGCAACUUCGACUACAGUCGCGACGAGAUGGACUUCCCGGUUAUGCGCAAUCUUGAGGAGCUGUACCUUGAAAACAAUCUGCUUAGUUUGGUGCCCAGCAUGAAGGACAUUACGCCGAACAUUACUCGGUUGCACAUGCAGAUCAGUUACUAUUCAGAAGAACCACAACUGUUCCUGCGGCAUUUCAGUUCCAGCUUGGUGGAGUUGGAAAUUUGGUUUCUUUCGGAGGAUUACUUUAUGACGAUUUGUGAGAUGCAAUUUCCUUCCUUGAAGAAGAUAAACUUUUAUUGCGUUGAUUUGGAAAUUGACCACAUAGGGUCACUCGAGAAAAUCGAACUGAUAAAUUCGUUUUUCAAAGAGAUUCCUCUUUUGACGGAAGUGACUCUUCGUUGCAAUAUAGAUGAUCGGGUUAUACAAAAAUUAUGCCGAUCCUGCGUCAAUAUACAGUUCCUAUGCGUGAGCAUGGACUACUUCCUACAGGAAAGCUUUUUAGCCGUAUGCGAGCUGAAACAACUGCAGCAUUUGAGAAUCGAAGAAGCAGCUAUCAACGUUCCCACGGAAAUGUACCUACCGAUAAAGAGUCUACAAAUCCUCACACUUUAUUCAGUUCGCAUCGUCCACGAAGAUAAAUUCAAUGAAUUCAUUCGAGAUGCCUUUCCGAAUCUCAUCGCCAUCGAAAUGCUGCACCUGAAUACGCGUAAAAAUGAAAGCCGGUCGUUCCAGUUGCACACAAAAAUCACCCAAGAUAUGUCUUCUAUCCAGCGACUGGUUUUCAGUGAACCGGGUACCAACGUUAUGGUCAAUUCCUUGCUGGAGUUUUGUGAAACAAGCGGAUCUCUGGAACUGCGACUCCGGUGUUGGAACAUUGUGGAUUUAUUUCCGGGAGAUGAAACGCCAGAGUUGAUUCGGGUGCAAAAGCUGAACCUAGACGUACCAAUGAUCGCACCGUCCGUCAUGCACAAGCUAAUUAGUUCAAUGAGGGAGCUACGGCAGCUGGAGGUGGCCCUAAGCGACUACUGUACACCAAAGGUUAUCGACACGUUGAGAGAGCAGUUCCCACGUUGCCACGUGGUAGCGAAGCGGAAGGUACCGAUCGAGGAGCCUCUUUGACAGUGUUGGGAAACGUGCAAAGAUCGUUCUUUUAGGUAAUGUAUUUGCCAAUGUGUGUUAUUAUAGUUAACUAGCACAAUGAUUAAUGUUGACAGAGAACGGUAAUUUUACCGUUAAGUUUAGUUAUUGUAAUCUGCUCCAUAAAUUUUUGAAAAGCAGGAACAAUUUUAGCAGAAUAAUAUUACUAUUCAUGUUCACCACCUCCACCUUUAUCGAGAAUACCCUAUAAGAAUAAUAUGUAGGUAUUUAAUAAGUUCUCAUUUAUAAAUGAUCCGUGAAUAUUAGCAUUUUAACAGAG